UUGCUGGUGUUGGCGUGUGAAAUACUGUCUGAGACUGUAAUUGUUGUGUAACACCGCCGAGUUAUUUUAAAAACAGAUUUCAAUGAUGGCAACCCUUCAGUAAGAAGAGAGUUGACAUUAUUUGACGUGAUAGCGACAUUGUUCAUCAUUUUGGAUAUGCAAAUGUUGAUUAGAUUUAGUAGUAUCCUGCUGGUGAUUAUUGCCAUCGUUGAAACUUCUUUCGUCAAACUCGAUCAGAACGGCUACGAAAAUGUAUUGAUACGCAUAGCAGACGACGUUUCAAGCGUCGACUGCCUCCAAACCAUUUCUAAUCUUAAGGUUAUGCUGCUAGAAGCGUCCAGCGCUCUGUGCACGGCUGUAGAAGGUCGGGCUUAUUUCAGAAAUGUGACGAUCCUGAUUCCGAACCACUGGGCGACUAAUUGCUUGGUGGAUGAUACCAACAUUACCUGGCCCAGGACUCACAUGGCCGAUUUGAUUGUGACUCCGAAUCACCCAAACUUCGGGAGUCAGCCGUUCACUUUGAAUUACGGCGGCUGUGGCGUUAGUUCGCUGCCCGUUCGCCUACCCAUCGGUUAUCUCACAGCCCCCGGAAAAGGUGUUGCAAUCGCCCACGAGUGGUUCCACUAUCGUUACGGAGUUUUCGACGAAAUCGGAGUGAACGGGGACCCUUUAUACCCGGAGGGAUAUCAAAUAACACAGCCGGAAGCCGAGAUUUUGCCGACCAGUUGCACGAAUGAGCCGCUGAAAGGCGAAUGGAUCGGAAGCGAAUGGCAAAACAGCAACGAUAACGGCAAUAUCACGUCAUCCAUCAUGUUCAACACUAACUUGCCCAGCAUCAAUCGACUUUGCACGGCAGAAAAUCACCUGAAAGCGCCACCUACCAAACAGAAUUGGCUCUGUGGAAGUCGCAGCGUCUCGGAGAUUGUUUACAGCCAUCGCGACUUUAUCGAGAACAAUAACACCCAAGCGAGGAACUGCAGCCAACCGAUAUUCAGCGUCGCCACCAAUCGCCAUCGAGGCUAUCACAUCAUUCUCGACGUUACUUCAGCGAUGGGGGUCGAUAAUUUGAUGGAUAGUGCCGCGUUUGCUGCCUCUCAUUUCGUCUGGUUUCUACCCGAAGGUUCUAUCGUUUCCAUCGACACCUUUAGCGAUACUUACUCCCAAUUGCAAACGCCAGUCGCCCUCAAUUUUACCAACAGAAAUGCCGUUCUAUCUCAUCUUGAUAAAAUAACAAGCAAAAGUACUGCCAACACCACAGAGCUUAGCCAGGCUCUGGACAACGCUAUGCGGAUGUUUCGUGACGGAUCGGAAAUUAUUCUGAUCACAGCCGCCCAGGAAGUGCCGAGCAAUUUCAGCGUUUACGUCGACCAAUUCCGGAGCAAAUUGAUCGCGCCACACAUUCUGGCGUUGAGCAUCCAGGCUUCCGACAUUUUCACUCCUUUAGCUCGUGACGGACGGCUCUACUUCGUGCCCAGCAGGAGCAAUACCCCACUCGUUCCAGGAGUGCCAUACCGUAACGCUCGGACGUGGAUGACCGAUACCCUGCAGUCGGUGUACAGCCGAACGCAAUCCUACCGAGCCAAGGUGGAAGAACGGACACUCCAAAUCAUCGACGGCUGGAAUAAUGGAACUUUUCAACUGGAAUCAACUGCCACCAGUUUGAUAUUCGCCUUUUAUCAUCUCGACGAUGGAUUGAGCAUGACGGCGUUAACGAGAGGAACUUUGCUCAGCCCUUUAAACGAAGAGUGCCCGAUUGUUCGACUCGGCACAUUCGCCCUGUACACGGCAAAUUGUGGCAACAUCAUUUUCGAGAAAGGCACCUGGUCUUAUUUCAUCGACGUCAUGGGCUCCAGCACAGUUCGCCUGGACACAUUCUUUUCUAGUGAUUCCGUCAGUCCGGUUAGAGUGGAAACGUGGACGAAUUCGAUUGAAAAUAAACAAAUCGACUGGAAAACCCAACGGGUCGUCAUUUACGCUCUGGCGACCCAACAGGAAAAGGCCGUCAGCGGAUUGAACCUCUUCGCCCACAUCUCCGGCGACAAUGAAGCAGAUUCGGUUCUCAUCGUCAGUCUGAAUGAAAACAAUCCGUCGGAUGUGACGAAAGGCGACGGAGUUUACUCCGCCCAGCUCACCGAUUUGCCCCGCAAUUCCAUCCGCUUCUCUUACGUCGUCGAAAUCGUCGGCGGAGUAGGGACUGUCGAUUCCGGCACUUAUAACGGACAUCCUAUGGCUGGAAGUUUCAUUCCCUCCGGCCAAUCUCUGCCAAUCUCUGCCAUCAACCGUUACGUUUACGGCGGCAGUUUCCAGUUGACUCUGCCUUACGACGGCGGAGAUGUUUUGCCACCUGGGCGCAUCGUCGAUGUAAACAUUAGCAACUUCGACUCGAAAAAUUCAUCGGCGGUACUCACCUGGACGGCACCGAGGGACAAUUACAAUGUCUCCGACAAUCUGGUUGACAGAUUCGUAAUCACCAGUGAAGAUGCCGAUAGUAAAGAAGCGAUUAUCUUUAACGGAAUUGUCAAGCCUCUAUCCGGAACUGUGGAUCACGUCAUCACGGCGGUGAGCGUACCGAAAUCCAACAAUAGCCGCAGUGUGUACUUCCGCGUUUACGGGCUGGAUCCUUCCGGAAACCAGGCCCAGCCAUCCAACAUAGCCACAGUUUACGUUCCGGCCUUUUACCUUCCGACCGAUCCGACUGGAGAUCCGCCCAUUUUGCCGGAAUGGCUGUUCUGGAGCUUGAUCGGAUUGGCGGUUGCCUGCGCGAUCCUGAUUGUGGCCAUCAUCAUAGCCUGCGUCCGGCGCUAUCGCGAUGCUAGAAAAAGAGAAGCGAUGGGUGCCGAUUGGGUCCAGAUAGGAGAAACUUCGAUAGGACCCAAUAGACUUCCGGAGAGGAAGAAGGAAGCGAAUAGUAUUAAAGCGGUCGAACCACAAGUGCCGGAUUUCAACGCUCAUUUUACUCCAUCUCCUAUAAGACGAGCGUCAAGUGUCAGUUCUACUAGAUGGUCGGACAACAGUUACCAAACAACAGGAUCGGAAAUUUAUCUUCGGCCACGAGUGACUUUUACGGAGGCCAGGAUCGAAAGGCCAGCUGAUUCACCUGAACGCCCUUCAUCGAGCAAAAGCCUUCCUACUUACGCUUUCGGGGGCGGCUGGGAUAAUUCUCCGUCGCCAGCAUCUAGUUCUUCUAUUAGUAUUACCACAGUGUCGUCCAGCCCCAGCAAGAAGAUUCCUCCUCCGCCACCGAUUCGUAAAUACCAUCCGUAUUCAUUCGAGAGAAAUGAUAAUAACGAGACGAGCAAUAAAGCCAAGACGAAACUGCAGUUUGGUGGGGGAAACGAUGCUCCGUUGGCAUCUUCGCCCUCUUAUCUCGCCCAUCAGCUCAGAAAGCAAGAUGUUUCUUACCUACACCGAGGAGAGCUACCGAAAACUUAUUCGAUGCAAACAUUAACAAGUGCAAGCAACUCGUCGCUGAGCAGAUUUGGGGUGGUUUUGGGGGCCGAUAGUGAAGCUUCCCUCGUGUGAUAUAUGCGCCCCCCUGUCAACUUGUCAUCCAUCGUUAUUACUGGGAAAAUACGUGUUAAAUGAAAGUGAUAAUUAAUGGUUCCUCUGUAAAUUAGGAUCAGGUUUUUUAAGAUGUGAAUUCAUUGAAUAUAGGGCCUAAUUGAUGCGGAGAUGCGAAUUAGUAAUUAGUGCAAAUAAACAAAUAAUUUGGCAGA